CGUAUUGUCUGUGCCUGUCAGAAUCGCGAUCGUACAUUAGGUUUCAUCGCUGGACGUAUAUCGUUUCAGUAUAAAUUAGAUAAAGACCAGGUGCCAGUUUGUGAUGUAUAUUAUUAUUGAUUAAACCUGUGCAGCUGCAGAAGUGUUUAUAUCUUAUUAAUAGAUAAGUCUACACGUAUGGCAGUAUGUGUGGAUGUUGUGGCGAAAACUGAUAUUUGAAGAUGUGGAUAGGUUAAGGGUUGUGCUGCUGGCCUUUUUUAAUUUUCAGUAUUUCUUUUCGUAUCACAGAUAUUGUUAAUUGUUAACAACUGCAUGUUCAUACGAUUGUGGUUUUUAGUGUAAACUUAAAUAUGUAUUCUACAAAAAAUCCAAGCCUUAGAAUUAAUGAGGCUGAUUUAAAAUGUAAGAAUGGCUGUGGCUAUUACGGGAAUGCUGAGUGGGAAGGGUACUGUUCAAAGUGUCACCAUGAACAUAUCCAACGUGAAAGAAUAAAGAAAAGUGGUGGUCUUCGUGGACUUGAUCAUGGAGAACGUGAUUUUGUUGGAGAUAAGCAUACAAGAUCUCCUGUUGGGUUUUCUAAAUUUGAAGAGAAAAAAAGACAGCAAGCUGAGAAGAAGACAAAAUUGCCAAAACUGAGUGUAUUUAGGAAGUCUUCAAGUUCCAAAGAUUCAAGCCGUGCUGAACAGUUUCAAGAACUUUCCAAUGCAGCUCCUGAAUUAGAAAAGUUGAAACAAGAUUACCAUGAUUUAUUUUCAUUGGUCAGCCAGUCAGUUCAGCAUGAUGUCUGCAGAUUCAUCACUUCAUUGAAUACUAAAAUCUUGAAAAACGCAGAUCUGGUGUCAGUAGAAGAAUUAUCCGAAAUUGUACAAAAUUUCUAUCAAGUCUUUGCAAAACGAAUGGAAGCCAACGUUAUUUAUGCAGAUGUUAGCCAAGAGAAGAAAGAAAUGUUGCUAGAUUAUGUUGAGAAGUAUGUCAUGACGUGUUUGUAUACAAUACUUUUCUGUCCACCCUCAACGGCAGAUGAAGAGAAAGAUCUGUCUAUUCAAAACAGGAUUCGACAAUUGAAUUGGGUGAAUGCACAGCAUUUGGAUUGUAGGAUUAAUGAGACAAAGUCAGAAGUCUGUGAUUUGGUAUACACAGCUAUUUCAGAUAUGUUGGGUAUGGACUCAGCGAAGGCACCGCAGGAUAAACUGAAUUGUGUUGUGCGAUGCUGCAGAAACAUUUUCUUGCUGCUACAGCAGUCUGUGGGCGGACCAGCAUCUGCCGACGAGUUUCUACCAGCUCUCAUCUUCAUUGUAUUGAAAGCUAACCCAGCUAGACUUAAAAGUAAUAUCAACUAUGUCACUCGUUUCUGCAAUGCCAGCCGUCUUAUGUCGGGUGAGGGAGGAUACUAUUUCACUAACCUGUGCUGUGCAGUUUCAUUCAUAGAGAACUUGACUGCAGAAUCACUCAACAUGGCAGUAGAAGAGUUUGAACAGUGCAUGUCAGGCGAAGUGGCGCCUCCCAGCACUUGGGAAUCCACCUUGAUGAUGUGUGAGGGGAUGCAUCUCAUGUAUGAGCAGUUGGCCAUGCUUGAGGACAUGCAUAAUCGAUACUCAAGCUUUGUAGAUGGUGCUUCAGGACUGAAGGAAGAAAUGCACAAGUUUAAAAGUGAUAUCACAAAAGAAGUUGCUUUGGUAUUGGCGCGCACGCCUCUGACAAUCCAGCCGAAGAAAGCGCCAACAGACAUCGAUUCAGAAAACCCAUCCUGCGAGGCACUGCCUGCCCCAAUUGUUCCACAGGUUGUGGCACGUCAACUUGGUUUGGAGUUGGCCACUGUAAAGAAAAUUGAAUCCACAAAAGAUUUACAACCUGACAGCAGAGCUUCUACUCCCCCACGCGACUGUUUUUCUAUGUCUCCACCAUUUGGUUUGAAUCGCAGUCUUGAUGAACUUAUCACACCAGAUGAUAUAUUCGCUGCUCAGGAAAGUUUAAGUUUUGUUCAGGAACUCACGUCGGUCAAUUACGACAUCGACCUGUCCGACCUGAGUACAGAAAACAGUUAUGCUGAAGAUGUUCCAACAGCGGACGAGCUUAGGGGCGGUGUCGUACUUCCACUGGAAACGAGGCCUACAGAAGAUCUUACGCAAUCACUGCUGGAUACCGCGGAGUCGCCGACAGGAGGUCUGCUUCCUUCGCCCAUCAAGCCUGUUUGUACAGGAGAGUAUCAGGGUUUUGCAGCGCAGGGUUGCCAAAUUCCUAGCAUACCCUGUGACACAGGGGACACACAGUCUUUGAAGUUUGAUACCUGUGGGACUGUGGAUCCAGGUUCUAGUCAGGUGAGUGUUGUAGGAGAGACCGUAGAUUCUGUAGCUAGUGAUGGGCGUAGCGGAAAUAAAACGGAAGAAACGUUAGUCCAAAUCUUAAGUGGAAUUAUGACAACUUUUGAUACGUUGUUCUAAAGCGGCAUUGGUUCAUGUACUUCUUUACAGUUUCAGACAUGAAAUGCUGCACUUUACAGAUGAAUCAAGAACUGUGGGAAAAACAGGAAAGUACCUUUAAUUGAGAGCAGAAUGUCACUUAUGAUUUUGUAGCGUUAAGUAAUGAAAGAACUGAAAAAUAUAUAAUGCAAUACUGACA